AUGGCGUACAGAAGCGCAAACCGAAGAAAGUGGAUGUACCCUUGCCUGGACCGUCCCCCACGCGUUCUAAACCCGAUACCCCUACAAGCGGAAAGAAGCCUCCGAACGCAAACCCCAGACAGUCUCGGAGAUGACGGUGCUUCUGUCGCGGAGUCGUCCAGGAAGCGUAAGACGGAAGCGGAGCGCAUCAAGUUCUUGCAGGAUGACUCCUUGUCGGGGGAAGUAGAGCCGUAUCGCAUGUUCUGCAAUGGCUGCCAAACAUGGGUCGACCUCAAUCCCAAACGGAAAUAUGUGAUGCAGCCCUGGCUGAUCCAUCGGAAGGCCUGCAUCAAGCAGCGGGGACAGUCUGAGAGCAGACCCGACGUUUCGGUGCAGUCGGACGCGAGAAUUGAUUUGGAUGUGGCGGACAAAGAACCAGAGGAAGAGGACGAGAAGGCGAAGCCUGUUACACCGAAGUCCAAGAUCGAAAGGCCCAGCAAUCGAAUCGCAACGGCGCAACGCAAGUUACAGAUCGUGAACGAUCCACAAGCGAAGAAGCUCAAGGAACACAGCGUUGAGUGCGCCAAAUGCCGGGCAGAGGUAUCUCUGAAAGGCGAGGUAGAUUACGACCUGACACUAUGGGAAGAGCACAAAACGACGUGCACACCAUCAACCCCGCGCCUGCCUCCCGCACCAAGCCCUGCCGUAAGCACUCCCGCGCCGACGGCACCUGUAGAAGCAGAAGCAGAAGCAGAAGCAGAAGCAGAGAGACCACCCCCGUCGAUAGCAUCCACUGAUGCCACAGCGAUCGGCUCGGAGUCCUCUCCAUCAGGCAGAGGCCAGAAGCGGGCACGGGAGGACGAGGGCGAGGUAAUAGAGGAGCAGAGUCCCUCUAUCCGCCGGCGUACUGAAUUUUACGUGGCCCCCGAGGGUGACUCGCCUGGGUUCAUUGAUUGGCUGGUGCUACCGUUCCGCUCAUUUCCUUUAUACUUUUGCUUCCGCGAAGCGUGGCCGGGGAAUUGUGGGAAAAGAUCUGAUCUGACGCGGGGAUUGGCACGCCCAGUCGCCACACCUGAUGAGCACGCGCCGUCGCCCAAGCGGCAAAACGCGUGCCGUGGCGGCCUCCAUCUCUUGCUCCUACUCGUGCGUCUACCUCUGCCUUUUCCCUUCCCCCAUUUAUUCCCUUCCGUUCCCCCUCCAUUUAAUCUCAAGUUCAGCACACCAAAUGUCCCUCAGAACACGUCCCCCAGCACCGGGAACCCCGGGAAAGCAGCACCCGAGGCAGGACGCGCAAAAACCCGCGUUCCCCCUCCGGUUCCCCCAGUAUCUCUGAAACCCAAGUCUGCGCCGCGCUCGGAAUCUCCUCUCCUACUGGAGGAGCUCACACCUCCGCCUCCGACGCCCCCCUCCACACCGCCACCGCCACCGCCACCCUCCUCUCGCGUCCCUACGCAGCGCGCACUCGACCCCGCGUUUGAAGAGUACCUCGCGCGGUCCCAGCGCCGGCCCACGAGCCAAGUGUCGCCGCGUUUGUUCACCAGCUGGCAGGACUGGCGGUGGUCGCGCCUCCGUGCGCCCGUGUGGCUCCCGCAUGAGACCCGCCCGGGCUCCGUCGAUGCGUCCGGUGCGUACGGCCUGGACAUGGACGAGGAUGACGACAUGCCCUCGAAGUUCGCGCUCAGCGCCUGCAGGGACGAACCCUAUCACCCGACGGCUCCCGUCUGA